AUGGCCCUGAAUGUAACUGCUGCUUCUCUCUACCCGAACCCUUCUCCAUUUCCUUCUUCUUCUUCUUCUUCUUCAAUUCCUCCUCCUCCUCCAUUUGUAAACCCAAAACGCAAACCCCACAUCAGGUCCAAUACUACUUUUAGAACUUCUGCUCAGUCAGACAGAAUUGAGAGUUGGGUUAAAGACGAAGAACCUCCUGCUUCUCUCUCCGGAUCUUCGUCAUCUGCUCGCACACAGCUGAAUCUUCUGGAGCAACUUACCUCUACAAGCUCAUCAGUUGAUGGUGGUUAUGAGAGUGAUGGUAGCUCCCGGAAACUUACAAUUCGUGACCAGCUAGCGCAGUUGGUUGGGGACAGAGACGGUGAUUUCAGCGUUCCACUUGGCAAAAAAUUUAAAAAGGUGAUUGCCAAAGAAUUAACCAUCUCGCAGAAGAGAAACAUCAAAAGACAGGCUUACUUAAACGAAGUAUCUAAGAGGAAUGAUUCAGUUUUCUUUGCCACCAUUGGAGCAUUUGUACUUGUUCCACCUCUUGUAAUAUUAGGAAUUGCUAUAUUAACAGGUUAUGUACAGCUUUUCCCUUGA